AUGACAUUUUGUGUUCACUGACAAAUUUAUAAAAAAAAUACGUUUGUACAGAAAUAUAUCAUGCCCGGUGGUUCUGUAAACGGCAGGCCUUUCAGAGAAAGCAAAGACAGCUUCGAAAAAACUGGAAUUCCAUGUGGGAAUCCUAAGCGAUUUCACAGUCAGGAUGUGCUCAGACUGUCAGGUCAACAGACGACUAAGAUCAAAGACUUAUCUGGUCCCGUGGAAGAUAUUGAAACAGAAGCACAGAGACAGCUAAAGACAUUAUUGGACAAGCAACUCAGAACACGAACUACACUCAAAGAGCAGCUUGCACAAAGUCGUAAGUUUACCAAUAGUACCUUGUAUGAACCAUCUACAGAUUCUGUAACUGGUAUUAUAGAUUUGUCUGAUUAUAAAGCACUUGAAGAGCAAGACAGUCGGGUUAAUGAAUUACGAUUAUGUGGUCUUAGUGAUGAGGAAAUUAGACUCAAACUGGAAACAGAGGAUGGAAAUGUGGGAGGCAAGAAACCAAGACUUGGACAGGAGCCAUCAUAUCUACAAGAUAAGCUUGCAGAAAUUGACAGAAAAGUAGAGAAACACAAAAAGUCAUUGACAAUGGCUGAUACAUUUUAUGGUCAAGCAAAUGUUGGUAGGCAUGCUAUGGAUUUAGAAAAGUCUCUUGUCAAAGACAGUACUGAUAAUAAACGUUUAAGUUCUUUGUUAAUUAAAAACAAAUUUUCUUCGGAUUUUCCUCACCCUGGACAUCCCAUGAAUCAUAUUCCAGAAAUUUUAGAAGAAAUUAUAGGGAAGAAGUUAUUUAAUAAGAAGCAUCACAAUUCGAAUAGGCGUAAUCAUACUGAUACUAACAGAAAAUCUGAAGAACUCUUUACUUCUGAUGCUGAAGGAAAUGAUAGUCUCGAUAAUGUUUGCAGUACGGUUGAGGGAAUUAAGUCUACCUCGUCGUGGCUAAGUGAGCAGUCCACUGAAGUGAUUGGUUGUAAAACCAAAGAAGAAGUAAUAGAUCACGUUUUAUCUGGUGAUGUUGAAUGUAGUGAUGAUAAACAAUCUCAAAAUUGUACUGGUGAACUUCAGACUACUAAAAAACCCGAAAAUACAAGUGUUAAUAACAAAGUUGUACUCGGUAUGGUAAAUCAAAUUCCUGAAUGUGAUAUUAUUGCAAAUAGACUUUCAGUCGAUGAAAUACGAAAACUUCCAAAGUUUGAAAAUUAUGAAGAAGGAAUCCAAAAUAGUGUUUUAUAUUUGAAGAACCUUCCUAAUAAAAUAUCAGAAAAUGAACUAGGCUCUUUGUUCCUAAGGUUCCAAAUGUCCAACUGUUCUCCAAUAAAAUUUAGAAUUAUGAGUGGAAGAAUGAGAGGUCAAGCGUUUGUAACCUUUGAUAGUAAAGAGACUGCUUCGGAAGCCCUUGGUCUUGUAAAUGGAUAUAAAUUACACGAUAAGCCCAUCAUUAUACAGUAUGGAAAGAACUGAAAAGGCUCAAUGGAAAAGCUUAAAAAUUAUGUUCACUUUCCUUACCUUACAACGGACACCAAACGUUUAAAUUAUUUUGUGUUAUGUUGGCUUAAAUAAACUCAUCAUAGAUAC